AUGAAACUAAUAGAGCAACACAAUAGCGACCCAAACUACUCGAAAGACAAGUCUUCCUCGUCCACCAAAAACGUUUUGUCGCCAGUUCCGAUGACCAGCGUCCCUUUAUCCGGUGCGCGCAGCACCCAGUCAUUUCAAGCCAAGUCUUCUGCUCCGAUUUCCCAGGGAUUCCAGCACGUUGAGUCCAACGGCAGCGCUACAUCUCCGGAUAGCACAGAUAGCGCCUUGGUGCCUUGCUCUCAAUGCUUCGGCUGCCAGAAUAACCAAGGCUGUAUCAAUGCCGGUCCCUUCUAUAGCUAUUCAAACACAAUGAGCCACGGCUCGAUCUCGUCUGUUUCCAGUGUUCCUCUUUUUGCGCCGCAGUCCCCGCAUUCGCCGUUACCAUCCUCGGGCCUGGAUUCAGUCAUCGAUCAAUAUCUCCGAAGUGUUCUCAAACCGGAGGCGUUUAUCACACCCCCCACCCCCUCUGGAGUCGUUGCAGCAAGAGGAUCCAAUUGA